AUACAGAACAGAGGCCUGUAUUAGUGACACGGCCCUCUAAAGAAUUCACGAGAGUAUAAUGACAGGGGCGGCUGGCUGUGCUCUGCCUGAGGGACUCGAGUUCCUUUCAUUUUCGUUUCUGCAGAAUCGACUCCUGAGUGUCAGACGGCACCUCCUCUCAUUAUGGCAGCGGGCUAAACCUUCUCUGUGCGCUGAUCACUAUACCUGCUCGGUGUGUCUGGAGGUCCUGAAGGAGCCAGCCAUACUCCUGCGUGGACACAACUAGGGUCUGGGAUGUCUUAAUGAGCACUGGGAUCAGUUGGUGUUAAAAGGGUCUCACGACUGCCCGCAGUGCAGAAUGGAAUUUCACCCAAAGCCACAGCUCCACAAAAAUACAACUCUGAUGAAUCUGAUAGAAAAGUUAAAGGAAACGGCAGCCGACAGGACUCCACCUCAGGGUACUGCAGGGCCGGACAGUGUGUCCUGUGAUGUUUGUCCAGACAGGAAACGGAGAGCUUCAAAGACCUGCAUGACCUGCGUGGUCUCCUUCUGCGAGACUCACCUGCAGCCACACCUGGACUAUGCAGCCUUAAAGAGACACAAACUGGAGGAACCGACUGGAAACCUGGAAGAGAAGCUCUGCUCAAAGCACCAGAGAGUCCUGGAGAUGUUCUGUAGGACCGACGACAUCUGCGUCUGCUUACUGUGCGCGGCGACUGAGCACAAGAGUCACGACACCAAGAUGCUCGAUGAGGAGACAACUGAGAGAAAGAGUCAGCUGGAGAGCACAACAACAGAAGUGAAAAAGAGACUCCGGAAGAAAAGGAAGAUGGUGGCCAAACUGAAGAAGACUUCAGUGAAGAUUCAGAGGUCAGCAAACAAGGAAGUACAGGAACACGAGACAAACGUCAAGUCUGCACUUCAAUCCCUUGAAAGACUGAGGUCAAACGUCACCGAAAUGAUCAGGAAUCAUAAGCAGAGGGAACUGCAAAGGGCUAAAGUGCCCAUUGAGAAACUGGAGAAGGAGAUCAGGGAGCUGAAGAGCAGAGAUGCCGAGCUGGCCGAGCUGUUACAGACGAGCGACCAUCUUAGCCUCGUAAAGUUUCCACAUCUCAGUCUCCCUCCUGAAGAUGGAGCCUCACAAGAGGUUGCUGUUAAAAGAGGUUUCCUUCCUAAAACCCUGAGAAAGAAAAUGUCUGCCCUGAAAAAACAUCAGGAGGAGAUCAAUGGCUGGCACUUUGUUAAGACCAGUGAAGCCGGAGGUGACACUUCAGGUGAUGUUUGGCAGAAAUUGGAGAGCAGAAAUGACUUUCUAAAAUACUCCUGUCUGCUCACCCUGGACCCCAACACGGCACACAGACGCCUCUUCCUGUUUGAAGGGAACAGGAUGGUGAAUUGUGAGAAGACAGAAGCCUCAUAUCCUGCUCACCCUGACAGGUUUGACUGUUGGGAGCAAAUUCUGUGCAAAGAGGCUCUGAGCGGGACCCGCUGCUACUGGGAGGUCAUGUGGAGUGGAAAAAAGGCUGAGAUUGGAGUGACGUAUAAAGGAAUUGGAAGGAAAGGCGUGGGAAACGAGUGUGUCCUCGGGUUCAACGACAAGUCCUGGAGUUUGUACUGCUGUGAUUCCAGUUACUCUGCAUGGCACAACAAAAGGGAGACUCAGAUCAGAGCCCCCCGCAGUCACAGAAUAGGCGUCUAUCUGGACUGUCCAGGUGGCUCCCUCUCAUUUUAUAGCGUCUCAGACACCAUGACCCUCCUGCACAAGUUCAGCACCUCCUUCAAUGAGCCGCUCUACCCAGGGUUUGGUCUUGGAUUGGAUUCCACUGUGACAAUCUGCCCUCCAUUGCAGCUUAGCUGUGCUUUGUCUGUAGGUCACUCAAUGCCUUCUGUCACACAGACAGUCUUACAGUCUUAGAGUCAAGGGAGAAAGUCUCACGCACACUCACACACAUAUACACCUGCUGGCCGCCCUGCCAUUCUUCCUACUAGAGUGACCCUGGACAGUCGUGGUCAGCAGACACCCACCUUCAAUGUGGUCAACAUGACUUGAGUCGACUUCCAUUCAGAGGACAUGAGAGCAAAACCCCUGCCAAUAGUGGACCCGGUCCCUACGGCUCAGUUUAUGUUCAGUGCCCUCAAGUUGCAUUCUCUUAAUAAUUUAAAAUGUAAACUCAGUGUGACGUACAGUAGAGACAGUGGGGACAGAUGUGACAUGAGAGUCAGGGUCCUGUCACUCACAAUAUGAAAUCAUCAUUUGGUUUAUAAAUAUGAAAUAGUGAGAGUGAAUCAGAACUGUUCACUUGUUUAUAUUCCUGUCGGGUGGCGUAGAGUUUAGCACCACAGCCAUGCAGCUUCUGGACACUCGGUUCAAAUCUCUGCCUGUGUGGAUUGGCCGUGUUCUCCUGGUGCCAUGUGCAGCUCUGUCUGAUUAUUCAAGUUUACCCCUCAGAUUACAAUGCUAUGUGGGCACCACAGAAACACGACUUCACGGGCAGGCAUGAGUGUGCCCUGCAAUGGACUGGCAUCUCGUCCGAUGGCCAUACCGGCCUUGAGACCACUCAGGCUGCGGCCACACCUUUGAGAUUUUAUUUAGUUUUUGAUUUUAUUUUUUAGACUUUUAGAUUUUGUUUUAGUUGC